GCUCGCUCACAUCACAGCUCACUCCCUACUAGUAGACAAUUAUUACUGUUAUUUUGACAGUACCACUGCUCUCUUGCUUUCGCUGCGCAAUCUCUCUUCCCCUUUUCUCUGCUCGCAUUGCUCUCCGGCUGGCUCCGUCGCGUCGAUUUGUAACCCUCGGCCUCGCUUGGCUGCUCCUCGGUUCCGGAGCUCUCGCGGCUGGAAAACUUCCCUCUCUUUUGCUUUGUCUCGUUUCUGCUGAUGUUCUUAUCCACCGGAUGCUAACGGCGGCGGAGGAAACCUUCAAGGCGUUUCUUACCUUUUAGGUUGUUUUGAGGGUGUUUACUCAUGGUUUGUAGCCUUGUGCUAUCCCUUCUCAAUUUGAGGCACAAUUGCAAAGAUAUCUCAAUUCCCCUCUUCUCUUGCUGAACUUUUCUCUUCAAGGCUGACUCUCUAGAGCAAGAUCUAUUAGUCAUGCACAAGGGUGAGCUUGACAAUCGAUCAUUGUCCACAUCUUUAUGAUGUGAGAGUAGAUAAAGAUCCAAAAUUUUUUAAAGGUGCCUUGUUGCAGUCAAAGAGUGAUGAAUUGGUUGGUUAACGAGUUGGCUGCACCUUUGGGUGCAAUUUCUUGUUAGUGGUUAAGAUAAUGGAAGAUUACACAUCAAGCAGUGGUUAUCGGUUUAGAAGGAUACAACACCAACUGUGUGCUUCUAAUCCAGAGUUCGAACCAUUGCUAAAUGAAAAUAUGGAUCAAUGGCCACACCUUAACGAGUUGAUUCAGUGCUACAAAGCUGAUUGGCUGGUGGAUGAAAACAAGUACGGACGCUAUGAAAGUAUUGCACCACCCUCUUUUCCAAAUCAAAUAUAUGAAGGGCCUGAUACUGAUAUGGAAACUGAGAUGCGCCUUGCCAGUGAAAGGAUUUCUAAGAAUGAAGAUGCUAGUUAUGAUGAUGUCCCCAGUACUUCAGGGAGACAAAUGUCUGAAAUCAGCUUACAUAAGUCAUCCUUCAAUUGUCAGGACAUGGUGCAUUUUGGUGAGUGUCCACUCCCACCUUAUGAACCAGCUUUUGACUGGGAAAAUGAAAGAUCACUAAUAGUUGGUCAAAGGACUCCUGAAACUCUACCAACCCAUACCAGUGGAUUGAAGAUAACUGUGAAGGUGCUGUCAUUAUCAUUCCAAGUUGGACUAAUUGAGCCUUUUUAUGGCACAAUUUGUUUAUAUAACAGAGACAGGAAAGAAAAAUUGUCUGAGGACUUCCACUUCCGUGUUUUGCCAACUGAAGGACAGGAUGUUAACACUUCUUUGUUACAUCGUGCUGUUUUCUCCUUGGAUGCCCCCUCAGCGUCAAUUUGCCUGCUUAUUCAACUUGAGAGGACAGCUACUGAGGAAGGAGGAGUUACAACUUCUGUUUAUUCUCGUAAGGAACCUGUUCAUAUGGCUGAGAGAGAAAAGCAGAAACUCCAAGUUUGGUCAAGGAUCAUGCCUUGCCGACAAUCAUUUGCAUGGACGAUAUUUCCAUUGUUUGAAAGCAACAAUGUUGCUGCCGCUGGUGGUGCUGUAUCUCCUAGCAGUCCUCUUACUCCCAAUGUAUCUGGCCCAACCCCUGUAGAUACUUUUGCUGAACAUGUUUCAAAAAUCACUUUGGAUGGCAAACAAGCUCAAUAUUCAAGUGGAAGCUCUGUUAUUGUGGAGAUAUCAAAUUUAAACAAAGUCAAAGAGAGUUAUACAGAGGACUUACUUCUGGAUCCUAAAAGAAAAGUACACAAGCCUGUUAAAGGUGUGUUGAAAUUGGAGGUUGAAAAACUUCAUACAUCACUCAUUGAUGUGGACAAUAUUUCUGACGGUGGAAGCAUAAUCAAUGACUCAAAUGAUGCCGGUGAUCGUUUUAUUGAAACUUCUUUAGGAAAGCAUCAUAGCAAUGGUCCUGAUAUCCCCAGGAGUGGUAGUUUGAAGUUCAUUGGCAUUAAUCGAAAGGAUAUUUGUAGGAAUGUGUCAAUUCCAGCUGGAGAAGAUCAUCCUGAUUUUAGUGAUCAUUUUCAAGCUUUUGAUUUUCGGAGGAUGACUAGAAGCGAGCCGUUCUCGCAACUUUUCCAUUGUCUUUAUGUUUAUCCUUUAACUGUUAGCUUGGGUCGUAAAAGAAAUUUGUUCAUAAGGAUAGAAAUGCGAAAGGAUGAUGCUGACAUCCAAAAGCAGCCAUUAGAGGCUGUAUUUCCAAAGGAACAAGGUCAAACUCUUGAAAAGUAUGCUCAUACACAAAUUGCAGUUGGAGCUAGAAUGGCGUGCUACCAUGAUGAAGUUAAACUUUGCCUCCCUGCUAUUUUGACACCCCAGCACCAUCUCUUGUUUACUUUUUUUCAUGUUGAUCUUCUGAUGAAACUUGAAGCUCCCAAGCCUGUGAUUAUUGGUUAUGCUGCACUUCCUUUGACUUCCCACAUUCAGCUGCUGUCUGACGUAUCUUUGCCUAUUUUGAGAGAGCUGGUUCCUCAUUAUCUCCAAGAUAAUAGCAAGGAGAGACUGCACUUUCUAGAGGAUGGAAAAAAUGUCUUCAAAUUACGCUUGAGGUUGUGCUCUUAUUUGAUCCCUGUCAAUGAGCGAAUCCGUGAUUUUUUUCUUGAGUAUGACCGGCAUAAUCUCCGAACAAGUCCACCUUGGGGAUCAGAACUUCUUGAGGCAAUUAACAGCUUAAAGAAUGUUGACUCCACUGCCUUAUUACAGUUUCUCCAACCAAUACUUAAUUUGCUCCUCCAUCUUAUUGGUGAUGGUGGUGAAACCCUGCAGGUUGCAGCAUUUCGAGCUAUGGUUAACAUUCUAACCAGGGUACAACAAGAAUCAUCUGAUGGAGCUGAUCGAAAUAGUUUUCUUGUGAAAUAUGUUGACUAUGCAUUUAAUGAUUUUGGUGGUCGGCAAGCACCAGUUUAUGCUGGUUUGUCUACAGUGUGGGGUAGCUUGGCACGCAGUAAGGCCAAAGGCUAUAGAGUUGGGCCUGUUUAUGAUGAUGUGUUGGCAAUGGCAUGGUUCUUCUUGGAAUUGAUUGUGAAGUCAAUGGCCUUAGAACAAAGUCGUCUGUUUUACCACAGUCUUCCUUCAGGCGAAGAUGUUCCACCCUUGCAGUUGAAGGAAGGUGUUUUUCGGUGUAUCAUACAGCUUUAUGAUUGCCUCCUGACAGAGGUUCACGAACGUUGCAAAAAGGGUUUAGGCUUAGCAAAACGCUUGAAUAGCUGUCUGGCUUUCUUUUGUUAUGACUUGUUGUCCAUAAUUGAGCCACGACAAGUGUUUGAACUGGUUUCAUUAUAUAUUGACAAGUUUGCUGGUGUUUGCCAAUCAGUUUUGCAUGACUGCAAGCUAACAUUUUUGCAAAUCAUAUGUGAUCACGAUCUCUUUGUGGAGAUGCCUGGGAGAGAUCCUUCAGAUAGAAAUUACCUUUCAUCAGUUCUAAUCCAGGAAAUAUUCCUCACCUUGGAUCAUGACGAUUUAUCACAGAGGGCAAAAGCAGCUCGCAUCUUAGUGGUUCUAAUGUGCAAGCAUGAGUUUGAUUCUCGUUACCAAAAACAGGAGGAUAAGUUAUAUAUUGCUCAGUUGUAUUUCCCUUUUAUUGGACAGAUAUUGGAUGAGAUGCCAGUGUUCUAUAAUUUAAAUGCCACUGAAAAACGUGAAGUUUUAAUUGUCAUAUUGCAAAUUAUAAGGAACUUGGAUGGUCCAUCACUUGUUAAAGCAUGGCAACAAAGUAUAGCACGAACCAGACUGUUCUUUAAACUCCUAGAAGAGUGUCUUGUUCACUUUGAGCACAAGAAACCAGCAGAUAGCAUGUUAUUGGGAUGUAGUUCGCGUCGCCCUGACAAUGAAGGACAUGAUUCUCCAAAGUACUCCGAUCGCCUUUCACCAUCGAUUAAUACAUAUUUAUCUGAAGCAUCUCGUCAAGAAGUUAGGGGGACGCCUGAAAAUGGAUAUCUAUGGCACAGGGUCAGUCCUCAGCUAAGUUCACCUAACCAACCAUAUUCUUUAAGGGAAGCUCUUGCACAAGCACAAUCUUCUAGAAUUGGAGCAACAACCAGAGCUUUGCGAGAGUCUCUACAUCCUAUACUGAGGCAAAAGUUGGAAGUUUGGGAAGAAAAUUUGAGUACAGCAGUCAGUCUUCAAGUUCUUGAGAUUGCUGACAAGUUCUCUGUUGCUGCAGCAUCUCAAAGUAUUGCUACUGACUAUGGGAAACUAGAUUGCAUCACAUCCAUGAUGAUGGGUCUUUUUUCCCGGAGUCAACCAUUGGCUUUUUGGAAAGUUUUCUUUUCUGUGUUGAACAAUAUAUUCAGUGUUCAUGGAGCAACACUGAUGGCAAGAGAGAACGAUCGUUUCUUGAAGCAAAUAGCAUUUCACCUUUUACGCCUUGCAGUUUUUCGUAACGAUUCCAUCAGGAAAAGGGCUGUCCUUGGACUACAGAUACUUAUCAGGAAUUCAUUUUACUAUUUCACGAAUACGACACGACUGAGAGUUAUGCUGACAAUUACCUUGUCAGAGUUGAUGUCUGAUGUACAAGUGACUCAGAUGAAGCCUAAUGGCAGUCUCGAAGAGAGUGGUGAAGCUCGACGUCUCAGGAAAUCGUUGGAAGAAAUGGCAGACUGCACGAUGACUGUGCAGUUUAUAAAUGAUUGUGGACUACCUGGAAAUGCACUUGAGGCAUUUUCCGAAAAUUCAACCGAUAAUCUUUGGUCUUGGUCAGAGGUUAAAUAUUUGUCAGACAGUCUUCUUCAGGCCCUUGAUGCAGCCCUUGAGCAUGCAGUUUUGGCUUCUGUUAUGACCAUAGAUAGGUAUGCAGCUGCUGAAAGCUAUCAUAAGCUUGCUAUGGCUUAUGCAUCUGUUCCAGACCUUCACAUUAUGUGGUUACUGCAUCUAUGUGAUGCACAUCAGGAGAUGCAAUCAUGUGCAGAAGCAGCUCAAUGUGCAGUUGCUGUAGCUGGUGUCAUUAUGCAGGCCCUUGUUGGGAGGAAUGAUGCAGUUUGGAAUAGGGAACAUGUAGCUUCUUUGUCCAAGAUUUGCCCGAUGGUUAGCAAUGCAGUUGCCUCUGAAGCAUCUGCAGCUGAGGUGGAAGGAUAUGGUGCAUCAAAACUCACUGUGGAUUCUGCAGUUAAAUACCUUCAGCUCGCUAACAAGCUUUUCUCACAGGCGGAGCUUUAUCAUUUUUGUGCCAACAUUUUGGAACUCAUAAUUCCAGUCUAUAAAAGCAGGAGGGCUUAUGGCCAACUUGCUAAGUGUCACACUUCCCUUUCCAGUAUUUAUGAUUCAAUACUUGAGCAGGAAUCAAGCCCCAUUACUUUUAUAGAUGCCACCUACUACCGAGUUGGAUUUUAUGGAACUCGGUUUGGAAAGCUGGAUAGGAAGGAGUAUGUGUAUCGGGAGCCACGAGAUGUUCGUCUAGGUGACAUAAUGGAGAAGCUUAGUCGCAUAUAUGAGUCUAAGAUUGAUGGAAGUCAUACCCUGCAUAUUAUACCAGAUUCUAGACAAGUCAAUGCAGAAGAAUUGCAACCUGAUGUCUGUUAUCUACAAAUAACAGCUGUGGACCCUGUUAUGGAGGAUGAGGACCUCGAGAGUCGAAGGGAGAGAAUUUUUUCUUUGUCCACUGGAAGUGUGCGGGCCAGGGUUUUCGACAGGUUCUUGUUUGAUACCCCGUUUACUAAAAAUGGGAAGACCCAAGGAGGCUUAGAGGAUCAAUGGAAAAGACGAACUGUACUCCAAACUCAGGGUUCAUUUCCUGCUUUGGUGAACAGGCUUUUGGUUGUCAAAUCCGAAUCCUUGGAGUUUUCUCCAGUAGAAAAUGCUAUUGGAAUGAUAGAAACCAGGACAGCUGCUCUAAGAAAUGAGCUAGAAGAGCCACGUAGCUCAGAAAAUGAUCAACUCCCACGUCUUCAAAGUCUACAGAGGAUACUCCAAGGAAGUGUUGCAGUGCAGGUGAACAGCGGAGUUCUUAGUGUAUGCAAGGCCUUUUUAUCUGGCGAGCCUGCUACAAGGCUUCGGUCUCAAGAAUUGCAGCAACUUAUAGCGGCCCUGCUUGAAUUUAUGGCUGUUUGUAAACGGGCAAUCCGAGUACAUUUUAGGCUGAUUGGCGAAGAAGAUCAGGACUUCCACACACAGCUUGUAAAUGGAUUCCAGUCCCUUACAGCUGAACUAUCGCACUACAUUCCUGCCAUCCUUUCCGAGCUUUAACUCUCGUUUCUAUGUAACAACCUGAUCGUCUGCUGCUUGUGUUUUAUUACUAGCGAUGAUGCUCAUUGUUGUAAGAGUAAUUUUGUUGUAUAUGCUUCAUGCCAACUUGAACUA